AUGGGGACGGUGACGUCGUCGAUGGCGGCGAAGCUCGCUUUCUUCCCUCCAACACCGCCGUCGUAUGUACUGGAGGAGAACGCGGCUACGGGGAAGUUGGCCAUGUCAGGGGUGCCACAGAGGGAGAACGUGGACGUGGUGAAGCUGAAGACGAAGAGAGGAAAUGAGGUCGUCGCCGUGUACAUCCGUAACCCGUCCGCGAAGUUGACCGUGCUAUACUCGCACGGCAACGCCGCCGACCUCGCGCAGCUGUACGAGCUCUUCAGUCAGCUCAGUAUCCAUCUGCGCGUCAACGUGAUGGGGUGAGUGGGAGCGCGCUGAGUUUUUGCCUCGCUUUCUUUCCUGUCGCUUCCAGUACGGCACUCGUUUGAGCUCUUGCAUGACAGGACGAUUGCAUGUCCGAAUUCGAUCAAUCAAAAGCGUGGCGAAUCUGAAUAUCUGCUUUCUGAACUCAUAGGUCGAGGAAAGAGUCUCGUUUCGGCCUCCUUGGAUUUGAUGGCCUAUCUAAAUGGAUGCUGCGCAUGCAUUCUUUCAAUAUAUUGCUCGGGUUGCCUCCAGUGGUCACUGUUUAUCGAUGUUUACCCCCAGAGAGAAUAUCUGCGUGCUUUAGGGCUUUGGAUGAAUUAUUAUUCUCAAAUUGAGGAUAUUUUCUUUCUUUUUUAUAUGAUUUCCAAGUAGCUCUAUUGUCAUGUUAUCGAUUCCAAUUAAGUUAAGGCAAUUUGAUCAAUCGUGGGUAAAGAGUUGUCUCGAAGUGUGAAACUGAACGAUUGUCCUUCUCCCCUAUUGAGGUUAAACAAGGAAACUAUUCCAUGAAAUAGCCUGUAAUAUACUGCACUGACAUCGAUGUUAUGCUGGCCUGUGAACCCCUUCUGAUGAUCAAACUUAUAGAACGUUUAUGUCUGCAAAAAAAAUAAUGUUCCUAUUAACACUAUGUUGUAUGAUUUGGACAUUUUAGAUGCAGAGAAGGAUGACUUCUAUGUUUGAAUCUUAAUGUUCCCAUGCCUUGUAGUGGCUGAAUUGUCUAUUAAGAACGAGAUCCCCAAUUCCCUGACCUUAUGUGUUGUUUGUGUAUUUGUUCUCCUCUACUUUUUGAAGUAGAUGAUAACAUAUUUCUGACUCAUUGUUCCCUUAUUUUUUAAAGAAACAACGUCGAAGAUGUUCACCCUGAAGCAACAUACAAUCCGUCAUUUGUGAGCAAUGACCAAUUAUUGUUGCCCAAGGGAUUAACGAAAAUAUUCUUAGAACAUAUAUGUAAAGCAUAUCUAUGAUUCAUGCUGUCAUGAAUCACCUUUUUUGCAAUCUUAUUCGUGUUCCUAGACAAUAAUCUUUAGAAUCCAUGUUUCGAGUAAGUUUUGUUUGCAUUUGUUAAUUGAUCCAAUACGAAAGCUUUUGGAUCAUGGUCAUAUUUCUUCCUCCUUUGAUGUUAACAGCUCCCCAUUUGGCAAAGGAUGUGAUGAGCUGUUGAUUGAUUCCUAUAAAUAUUAUUUUUCUAUGUAAAAUAGGCAGUGCAGAUAAAUUUUAUUUGAUGUUUUUCGUAAAGCAUGGAAAAUUAUGAAUGAAGAGGAAUCAAUGAAUACGUUUAUUUAGUAAUGGAACUUCCAUUUUCCGAGACCUGAUGGGGUACACUCUGAAGUUGAAGUGGUAAAUUACUUUUUCGUAGCAACUGCUAUGUCUUUCGAAAGAUUAGUUUGGGUAUUAUAUUUGGUCGGUUUAGCUGGGUAAGCAACAUAGGAAUAUGGCCUUACUUGAGUACUGUGUUGUUUCUAUUGUUUGUCAAAUAGAUGUCUGAAACCAGUAACCUCAGGUUUAAUGGAUCAACUGCUAGAUUCUUAAAUGUACAAAAGCAGGCCUUUCCUUUCAACACAUGAAAACAUACCCAAUAAAGCAAGAGGAAUCAACUGACGUGGAAAAUGUCAAAGAAUUGUCAAGUUAGCAAUGUAAAUCCCUGCCCAACCGCCCCCUUUUAAUUUUUUCUCAUUAAUAUUUUAUCUUGAGGAGACACUUUUAUUUACUUAUCCUUUGUCAUGGUCAUCAUAAGCCUUACCUGUUGAAUCUUAGGUGAGUUAAUCAUCAAUGAAUCUAUAAUUUUGGAGACAUUAAUAAUUUGGUGCAUUGUGAUAACAGCCAGAGAAAUUAAUUGGCUGAGCUACGUUUACUAGGUGAGGGUUUCCCAAAAAAUAUGUGAGGCCAGUUGUCAGGCAGAAACACUUUUUUUAUUUCUUUGUGCGGUUUCACUUCUCUUUCACAACCAGUAAUUUAUUCGUCAACUAUUUUCCUCGUUUGUUUACAAUUUGUACCUUUUAUUUUGGGCAAUAGACUGCUUUAAUUUGGGUCUUAUUAAUUUUCAGGUACGAUUAUUCUGGAUAUGGCCAGUCAUCUGGGAAGGUAUAUAGUAUGAUAACCUUGUUAUCUUUGGGUUGUAAUGUUUCAGCGAAAAAAUUCAACAUAUGAGGUUUAAUCAUUUUAGUUUUCUCUUCGCAGCCAAGUGAGCAAAAUACUUAUGCAGACAUAGAGGCUGCUUUCAAAUGCCUCGUGGAGAAGUAUGGUGUACAUGAGGAGGAUGUAAUAUUGUAUGGUCAGUCAGUUGGUAGUGGUCCAACUUUGGAUUUAGCAACUCAGCAGCCUAGAUUGAGAGCAGUGGUUCUGCACAGUCCUAUUUUGUCUGGCCUGCGUGUUAUGUACCCUGUGAAGCAUACGUAUUGGUUUGACAUAUAUAAGGUUUCCUUUUGUGCUCUCUAUUUCCUUGUCUGAUGAUGCACUGUUUAGCUCAUCUGCAUCCUAAACUUUAUCUUUCUGUCUGUUUCUGCAGAACAUUGAUAAAAUCCCACUGGUUAAUUGCCCUGUUUUAGUAAUUCAUGUGAGUAUACUCUUCUCUGACUUCAUUUUCACGACUGACUAACUUUCAGAUUGCAUUCAGUUUGUUAGUAGGUGCGAAUAUAAUACGCGUAGAUCAAAUUUCAGCUACACAGGCUUAUCGAUGCUUUGAUUUUAUGCCUACAUGUCUCUAAGGGAUGUCACAUGGAGAUGCACAAUUUAUUGAUUAUUGCACAUGAACUGUAUUGUAUAGAUUCUUGCAUUACUGAUGGAUAUUUGCAGAGAAAGUUUAAGAUGAAAACAUUUUCUGAUAUUUUCCUUUCUGAUUUUGUUGGGAUGUCUGCGUGAAGAAGAUUAACACCCAAUGAAUCUGGAAUUGGAUUGGUAUACUAGUUCAGCUAUGGUUGAUCUGAUCAGGAUCAGAUUGUCUGGCUGAUCGGUGGAGGAUACUAAAACCGGGUUUGAAAGACAAAAGGAUACACAAACACACAAAAAAUGUGUUGUUUGAGAACACAAACUUCCAGUAAAAGGACAUUUUUACAAACAUUUCUGGAAACAACCAGAUCUCAGUUAUCGCCUUGUGUGCCUGGGGAUGGUGUACAGAAUGAGACUAUAGGUGAUGGGCAGUGGCAAUCAGUGGAGUCUUAAGUUGGUUUGUUCUCUUCCUUUUUCUCAUUCUGCCGCUAUGGCUUUCAUUGCCGUCAGUGUCAGUGAUUGGCAGGGGGAAGAAACCGUUCAAUGGAGGAUUGUGCGCUGGGCGCCGGUCUUGUGUUUGUGGUUGGAAACCCUUCGUCCGAAAUCCGGCCAACUAUCGCUGACCUUGUUCUGGAUCAGCGUUGACCAAAUAUUGUCCUUAAAUGGUUUCGAAAGGUAACCUAUAUGACUUAUGUGGUAGACUGCGCAUACUCCUUGUAAUAAAUAACUUCCCUAGUAAGAAGGUUGCUUUAAUCUUUUUCUUUCACCUUUACGUGAGUAGCUGCUGUCACAACUCUGCAAUUUUAUUUUUUUUCCCAUGAGUUGCUAAAUACGCGAGUUGUUGCACAAUUUCUUUAGUAGCUCAAUGAAAAACGCUUAUCAUUUUCUUUUGGUAACUCAAAUUUCCGCCAUUGUUCACUUCACUCAAAUUAUAUCUGAUUUUCUUCCUUUUUUUCCUGUGCAUGACAUCCUUUUAGAAUGGUUCGAGUGGUUCAUGUAUGCUAUAAACUGCACAUCUCUUUCUCCUCGGUUGCAGAAAGGGAGUUAUCUCAGUAGAUCCUUGGUCUUUUCUGUUGUCUGUGUCAUAAAAUGACUAAUAUUUAUCAGAGUUCGGUGAAGUUACUUGGUUGCAUGAACCUGACUACAUAGCUAAGAAGGUAAUUAUGUCUAAUUUUGGGUGCGGGAUUCUUAAUCAUCCGAAAUAUGUUCAUAUAUUUCAAUGGUGCGGACAAAUUGGCUGGUCCUAGGCUGAACUGAUCCCCAUUUUGAUCUGUUGGGGCACGACUGAUCCCUGCUUGGUACCCUUUACAUCAGGUCACUAUUCUGUCUAGAGUUACCUUGAUUAGGAUCCUUGUGCCUUUUUGUAGGAGUUCAUGUAAGUGACUGGGUGUGUAGAAAGCUGAACAAAUUCAACGACAAUUUGUCAGAUCUGGCUGAAAUGAUAUCUAAUGAUACUAAAAUAGGGAAGGUUUUUGGCAAUCUUAUAACCACAGUUGUUGGCAUUAGUAGACAGUGGCAGUGGUCACAGGUGGCCAUUGGAGUAUUAGUUUUGGGUGGAGAUCGAUGAUGGUUGGCAGUAGCAGUCAGUGACUUGUAAGCGAUAAUGGGCAAUGAAUAAUGUGUACUGGCAAUGCCUGAUGGGUAGUAUUUGUGCCAAUACCUUGUAUUUGUUGUUGAUUACAGUAAUAUUUCGUGGUUGAUAGUGCUGCAUGUCAGUGUGCGCUGAGAAGGGCUGGGGGGGAUUUGCCUCAGGGAGGUUUGCUGCCAUUGAUUAGGUGUAGGCGGGUGGCUGCUGCUACAGGGAAUAUGGUGGGCGUGUUGCAUGCGUCUUGGGGUGAAGAGAGGGCGGUUGACAUGCUUCUGGACUUCAGACCAGACCUCAUCAAAGGCAAAGACCAGACCCAAGCAGGAUAAUCAUCAGUCUAUCCCUCCUCUCCACCACCUCCCAUGUCAGGGUCCCCCAUCCAGUGCGUUUCCUCCCGGCAGAAGGCUCUCUGGCUCUGAGCGCCCGCAGCCACUCCCACACCACUUAUGGCAGGCACACAGCCAAAUUGUCGAGCACGGUCUGGGCCGCCAUCAAGUCCUGCUCACGCCAUUUCUCCACUGGUAUGCCUCCUAUGAUGGCAGCCUGAACUGCUGGGAAAUAAGUGGGUGGAGGUUUUUGGUUGGUGGUUGGGGGUAGGGGGGAGAAUGCACUCUUUGGCUUCCUUUGACAUUACCUAUCCUUAAUAUUGGGAACCUUAAUUCUCUGUUGAGGAACAUGGGUCCCCAUUUAUAUAAAAGGUAUAUUUGGACGCAGAUUUUUGAGAUCUAUCGACUUGUGUCAGAGAAAGGUUUUUCCUUGUAGUUUGAGAUUGUCUUCUUUCCUCUUGCCUCUUGUUGUCUUCUUUGAGGAAAGAAGAGCGUGAAGGGUUUGUCCUCUGCAGCCCAACAAUUAUAUUCUGAAAUCUUCAACCAUAACAGUGAUGAUUGCAUGAUCUUCCUCUCUCGACUUUGUUUGAUCUGCUUAACAUUUCUAUCAUCCCAUCAUCGUUCAAACCAUCAUGCCUAUCCAGAUCUUCACCAGCGAAGAUCCCAUGGAGCUUUUAUCUGAUAUAUGGAGAAGUAUUGAUUGGUUUUGAUAUAACUUGCUGGUGGCCAUCCCCUGCUAGGAGUUUCUAUAUAAUGCAUGAAAAAAGCUUGUCUUUAACAACCCUAAACCUCUAUCGAUGGUCUUAUUUUGCAAUGAUCCUCUCCAAUUUUGAUAAUAUAUCUGAGUUGGUUCAGGGGACAGCUGACAAGACUGUUGAUUGCUCGCAUGGACGAGGCCUGUAUGAGCUUUCAAAGCAGAAGUAUGAGCCCCUCUGGAUUCUUGGGGGAAACCACUGCGACUUGGAGCUGUAUCCUCAGUACAUCAGGCACCUUAAGAGGUUCAUAUCAGCCAUGGAGAAGUCAACCCCAAGCGGGAGCAGAUCUGUGUUUACCAUCGAGCUUUCUGAUGAACCCCGGCGGAGUGCUGAUUAUUUGGGCCUGGCUAGGAAGAGUACCGACCAGAUGGAGUUGCCUAGGCCGAGCACUGAAUGCAGAGAGUUUCCCAGGCCAAGUACUGACCGCAGAGAGAAGCCCAGGCCAAUUACUGACUCUAGAGAAAAGCCUAGGCCAAGUACUGACUGCAGGGAGAAGCCUAGGCGGAGCACUGACCAGAGAGAGAAGGCGAGAAAUAGCACCGAUAAGAGUGAAAGAUCAAGGAAGAGCACUGAUCGCUCUGAAAAGCCUAGGAGCAGCACUGAUCAGCCAGAGAAACCAAGGAACAGCAUUGAUCGGUUAGAUGGAUCCCAAUGCCAACCAUAG